CUGCCAAGCUCAUCCCAUGCAGCCUUCGCGCAGGCGCCCGCCUAUCGCUUCUCGCUAUUGCAAAUGCCAACCAUCGGCAAGGCUUCACCUGGUCAGCGGCCAAGCACGCCUCCGCCCAGAUUCGCUGCCACAGUGUCGUCGAUGGCUUGGAACAGCAGGUGUUGGGUGCAUGGUGGAACGAUUUUCGCCUCCAAGUAUUUCCCCGCGGGGAAAGGCAGUAGCGCACCUCGUAGUAGUCUCACGGUAGCGGACUUGGCCAUGUUGCUUUCGAGACGAGGCCCACGGGCAUAA